AUGGUGUCUCUAUCUACAACUCUCAAACCGCUCUCACCUUUUUCAUCAUUGGUUAAACAACAUAAAAUCAGUAAUAGUAAUGCCUUCUCUACUUAUCGCACCCAUACCUCAACAAACUCAGGUUUCUUCAAAGGAGUAGGAGCCGUGCCUCAGAAGAAACACACAUUUGUGGCUGUUCAUGAAGCACCGGAUGAGGUCGAUGGCUCCUGGAGGAUACCAUUUUCGGAGGUUGUGGUGGUCAGAAAGAGGCAGGCAUUUUGGGAAAGGAGUUGGAGUUAUUGGGAUGUGUGCAGGUUUCUCAAAGUCGCUGGGGUUCAUUUGCUGGGCUUCUUGGCUCCAUUUUACUUCAGUUGGUCGGCUUUUCGAGUUUUCCUUUGGCUCCUUGUCAUCAAUGGAAUCUGCAUCACCUUGUGUUAUCACCGGAAUCUUUCUCACCGAAGUUUCGAUCUACCAAAAUGGCUCGAGUAUCUAUUUGCUUAUGGUGGCCUCCUGGGUUUUCAGGGAGACCCAAUAGAAUGGGUGAGCAACCACCGGUACCAUCAUAAGCAUUGUGAGACAGAACGUGACCCACACAGCCCGACACAAGGAUUUUGGCUUAGUCACAUAACUUGGAUAUUUGAUACAGGUUAUAUCCUCAAAAAGUGUGGUGGACAGGAGAAUGCAAACGAUCUCGUGAGACAGCCCUUCUACAAGUUCCUCCAGCGAACCAUACUUUUGCAUGAGAUGGCUUUUGCCCUUCUACUCUAUUUUUUCGGACGCGUACCCUUCAUCGUCUGGGGAAUUGGUGUGACAAAUGUGGUUAGAUACCACGGGACUUUUAUGGUGAACUCAGUGUGUCAUAUAUGGGGAACACGAGCUUGGAACACAGCUGACUUCUCCAAAAAUAACUGGUGGGUAGCGGCCAUAACUUUUGGUGAAGGAUGGCAUAACAAUCAUCAUGCGUUCGAGUUCUCUGCUAGGCAUGGACUCGAAUGGUGGCAGCUAGAUGUUACUUGGUAUCUCAUUCAGUUUCUUGAAGCUGUUGGUUUGGCCACAAACGUUAAGUUACCUUCUGAAGCUCAAAAGAAGACGAUGGCUUCUAUCUAGUUGUAUUACAAAAUAUACUAGGUUAGAAAGGGUAAAGAUAUCCUAGUAUGUAUAUUUUGUAAUAAAUAAUCUUUCUCUGUUUCUUUUACUUGCUCUUGGAUUCCUAGGAAUCAAAACUUUGCUACCGACUCUUUGUCAAAGGAAGCUCUUCGUAUGGUUGAGGCUGUUAAUGCCCCCACCUAACUUUGUUAUUUGAUUUUAAUGAAAGUUGUGUUCAAAA